UACGCGACAAGCCGAGUAUCGAAUUCUUGGAGGUUACGGAAAGCGGCGAGUGGUGACGAAUGAGGUGAUUGUAUGUCUCUGUUCCCAGUCUUCGUUGUAGGAACACAAAGCAGGAUUUUGUGAAUGUUUUCCUGGGCCAACCAUACGAUUUAUAGAUAAGACUUUCGCCGUUGUAUGUCGUCAGUCACAACACGGCAACGGGUAGAGGAUAGGUGAACAUAGCCACCGGAUGAGAACUUACCAGGUCCGUUGAUGGCAAGAGACAAGCAAUCACUACCCCAUGGAGGCCAUGAGUACUAAUUCCAAGUCAGGGGUAUUUUCAUUCGGGGAAUUUAUCAUGAGAAACAGCAAGAGAGCGACGAGAACGCACAAUGGCAGAAAAUGUAAACGAAAUGUCAUUAUAUGCUCGAAAGAGAAAAUGUCGGCCGCCCAGGAAUUGUCAAAGAGGUUUGGCCAAGAAGGAGGACAGUAUGACGUCAUCAAAUGCAUAGAUAGAGAAAUGUUUGACAAGGAGAGGUUACCCUUUUCAAGCUUUUCUACCAUGUAUUUGUUAGUGGACACAGCUGUAGCGUCCAUUUUUCUCAGAAAAGGAAGGCUUCACAAUUCUGUGUAUGACUACUUUGAAGGGCUGGAGGCCAGUGGGAAACAAGUCCUUGUCGUCAACAAAUUUGAAGAAAAGAAUCGCAUGUUUAAUGAAGUCCUGUAUCAGCUGCCGGGUGACUGCACCAAAGAAAUGAAAGACAUAACCAUUACCAGUGUCCCAAGACAUAAACUGGAAUCGGAAGCGGAGCCAAGUCUGGAUUCUGAUGAAGACACGCAGACAGAAGAUGAAGGACAAAGUGCAUCCCUUGAAGAAGCAAUAAGUGAAGGGAUGAAGGAAACACAUCAAGAUGAUGAAUUGAUAAACUGUCAAAUUGGAACUGGCUGCACGAUGAACAUUAAGAAAUCAUCCCAUCAGCUCGUCAUAGCAAAACAGGAUGGAACUGAAAACACAGUCAAUGUCAGAGUUGUUCCUGGGCCAACAGCAUCCAAGGUUGUGCUCGUCAUCACUACAGAUCCCAACAACCCUGAGCUGGAGAAGCUGCUCGUCCAUGACAUUGAUGCCAAGAAACACGUCAUCAACAUCCGACUCAGGUCCAGUGAUGCUCAGAUUGUGACUGUACGGGAGGGCUCUGUUGUCAUAGAAAUUGACGUCGAUCCAGGUCAGACCAUGGAAUAUCAAUGGUUAGAAUCGGUCGUGAAGGAUGUGUUCGCUGGAGAUCUCGAGUCGCUCAUUCCCGAAGGAACUACACUUAAUAUUGACGUGCAAUCGAGCCUGGUUGUACCAGUGAAAAGUCUUGGGAAACUCGGUGACUUUGUUCUUGACAAUCAAGAAGAUCUUCACAAAAACUGUGUGGCUUCAAGGAAGUAUGAAGAAAAAGUGAAAGAAGUUGAAUCCCUCAACAAAGCUCUACUGAGAGAGAAAACUUUAAGGAAGAAACGUAUGCCGACCCUGGACAUGAAAACUGACAUAUCAGCUGAUAUAUUGGAGACCGUCCUUCAGGAAGUUAUCAGCAAUGGGGUCAAAUCAGAGUCAGGAGACUUUGACCCUGUCGACUUUGGCGUUAGUUGUGUGGAACUGAUUGGACAGCUGUCUGGGGAGAAGCUGUGGGACUAUGUGAUCAUGCACCCAUGGUAUUUUGAUGCCGACGGUCCCUUCUACAAUCAAAUGAAACGAGAUGUUGGCUUGGAGCAUGAGAAACACUGCAUACUGCCGUCGUUUCCAGACAAGAUAUUUGUCUACAAUGGUAAAUCUGACAGUCUGGAACUGUGUGUCGAUCCACAUGGCCAUUUUCCAAUUAAUCCUGGCAUCGCAGACACACUUCAGAUGCAGAAGGUCACUACCGGCGUGGAAAAGCUCGGCGUGGGCGAAAUGGAACUGAAAGGAAUGGACGUAAGGCCGAAGGUGUACAGAAAGAAACCAAAUGUUCAUGGAACUAGUGGAACAUCAUUAUCAAAGACAAGAAUAGGAACUGGUGCUUCAUUGGCAGUGCACGGGUCAUUUGACAUUGUCUAGUACAUAGACACAGAGG